AUGGUAUCUACACUAACCCUCAUUGCUGCUAGCCCUCUUGCUGCUCCUGCUGCUGCUGUUCGAGCUGUACAUACACUCGAAGCUGCUGCUAGCGCUCUCCUUGAAUUAGAGGAUAGCCAACAGCAGCAGCAGCAGCAGCAGCAGCAGCAGCAGCAGCAGCAGCAGCAACUGCAGCAGCAGCAAGAGGGAAGCUCGGAGGCAGCUCCAGCAGCAGAAGCUGCUUCAGAUCGAGAUAAAGACAACCAUGCGCUUGCUGCUGCUGCUGCUGCACGCGGCCAAAGUGCUGCAGCAGGAGCAGCAGCACCUGCAGCACCUGCAGCAGCAGCAGCAGCAGCAGCAGCAGAGGAGAAAGCAGCAGGCGGUGCUGUGAAUUUUCCUGUCUUUGUUUCAAUCAUUUUAGCUCUGGGGCAGCUGGCGUGCAGACCGGGCGGUGCAGCAGCAGCAGCAGCAGCAGCAACAGCAGCGACAACUGCUGCUCUUGCUGCUGCACCUGCAGCAGCAACACCAACAACUGCAGCAACAACAUCAGCAGCAGCAGCUGCUGCUGCUGCUGCAAGGCCCAUUCACCCUGCUGCUGCGCGUUACGCCCCCCGCACAGCGCCUCAAGCGCCCGGUGCAGCAGCAGCAGCAGCAGCAGCAGCAGCAGCACCAGCAGCAGCAGCAGCAGAAGAUGAUGGCGUCGAUAGAAUGCUGAAAAGCAGCAGAAAUAAUACAACAGAUCGCCGGGGGGCAGCGCUGGCUUCCCUCUUCCGUCUGCUGCUGCAGCACGGGGGCCGUCUUGCUGCUGCGAAAGCCCCAGCUGCUGCUGCUGCUGCUGCAGCAGCAGCAGCAGCAAGAACAACAACUGCAGCAGCAGCAGCUCGGGAUCAAGGGACAAAAGAACCGUGCAACGACCAGCAGCAGCAACAGCAACAGCAGCAACUGCAGCAGCAGCAACUGCAGCAGCAGCAGCAGCAACUGCAGCAGCAGCAGCAGCAACUGCAGCAGCAGCUUGUGGCGGGUAGUGUUGAAGGGGGCCAACUGCAGCAGCAGCAACAGCAGCAACUGCAGCAGCAGCAGCAACUGCAGCAGCAGCAGCAGCAGCAGCAGCAGUUGUGGCGGGUAGUGUUGAAGGGGGCGUUAUGUCCUGUCUUUGAGGAUCUCUUCUUCGACCUACACAGAUGCGGAGUCUCCCAGCAGCAGCAGCAGCAGCAGCAGCAGCAGCAGCAGCAGCAGCAGCAGCAGCAGCAGCAGAAGCAUCAGGCUCUGCAGCAGCAGCAACAACAACAGUUUCAGCAGCAGCAGCAGCAGCAAGAAAAACGUCUUCAGAACGUAACAGCAGCGUCUCUAUUUGUAGCCCGCAAAGACACUGACGCAGCAGCCGUCCCCAUCAGCAGCAGCUGCAGCAGCAGCAGCAGCAGCAGCAGCAGCAGCAGCAGCAGCAGCAGUGAGGAUACAGUGAAGCUAGGCUCAGCAGAAGAAACUUUAUGCUGGUUUUCUCUCCGCGCUGUCUGCCGUGUGGUGUCUGUACACCUCAAUUCAAUUGAAUAUCUACUGGGGCAGUUUGUUGCUCUUAUUCUAGGAGGCCUGAGCGACCAGCCUACUGAGUGUGGGGCCCGGCUGAGCGUUGCUGCGCUGCAGCGGCUGCUGCAGUCGUUGAAGCAGCAGCAGCUGCUGCAGCAGCCUGCUGCUGCAGCAGAGUGGACUGCUAUUGUUGGUGCUGUUGCUAACUCCUUCUUUAGCUGCCUCCCCAGCGCGUUGCUGCGGCGAGCUGCAGUGACACCGCAGGCGCUGCUGCUGUCUUUUGGUGUUUACUUUGGCCCCAUGCCUGCAGCAGCAGCAGCAGCAGCAGCAGCUCAGCAGCAGCAGCAGCAGCAACAACUGCAGCAGCAACUACAGCAGCAAAAGCAACUGCAACAGCAGCAACAACGGCAGCAACAAAUCGUUUACUUUGGCCCCAUGCCUGCAGCAGCAGCAGCAGCAGCAGCAGCAGCAGCAGCAGCAGCUCAGCAGCAGCAGCAGCAGCAGCAACAACAACAACUGCAGCAGCAACUACAGCAGCAAAAGCAACUGCAACAGCAGCAACAACGGCAGCAACAAAUGUAUCAACAACAGCAGCAGCAACAACAGCAACCACGGCAGCAGCAACUGCACCAACAACGACAGCACCAGCAGCAGCAGCAGCAGCAGCAAGUAGAGGAAGCAGCAGAUUGUGAAUCCCUCGAUUGGCUGCUGCACCAUAGUCUCAGCAGCAGCAGCAGCAGCAGCAGCAGCAGCAGCAACGCUGCUGCAGCAGACGGCCCUCUACCGAUUGAAGACCGGAAGCUGCUGCUGCGCUGUCUGCCAGACUCCGUCUGCAGCAGCAGCAGCAGCAGCAGCAGCAGCAGCAGCAGCAGCAGCAGCAGAGGGCUCGCAAGGCUGCCCUUCGACCCCCGGGAUUUGGCUGCACGAAGUGUCGCCCAGCUGCUGCUGAUAGACUUGCUGCGGGUAAGGCAUGCAGCAGCAGCAGCAGCAGCAUUGCCAGACUCCGUCUGCAGCAGCAGCAGCAGCAGCAGCAGCAGCAGCAGCAGCAGCAGAGGGCUCACAAGGCUGCCCUUCGACCCCCGGGAUUUGGCUGCAAGAAGUGUCGCCCAGCUGCUGCUGAUAGACUUGCUGCGGGUAAGGCAUGCAGCAGCAGCAGCAGCAGCAGCAGCAGCAGAAGCAGCAGAAGCAGCAGCAGCAGCAGUAGCAGCAGCAGCAGCAGCAGCAGCAACUCAUAGAAGAGAUAUGACAGCAGCCGCUCACAAAAGCAGUGUGUCAUUGCGUUCUUGUUCACUUCAGCAGCAGCAGCACCCACAACAGCAGCAGCAGCAACAGCAGCAGCAGCAGCAGCAGCAGCAACAGCAGCAACAGCAGCAGCAGCAGCAGCAGCGCGUGUUUGUGUUGUGUGUGUAG